AGUGUUGUGUACUGCAGAUUACUCUUUUGAGAACUACAUAUCCCAAGCGCUCCCAACUCUUUGUUACCAUAGUACCGUUAGAAAAUAACGUCAUUUUCUUGGCAAGACCGACCAAUGGUAGUCGGUAGGGGGCGGACACUAGCAGCAGAUAGCCAAUCAUAAAGCUUGACAGUCAUCGAGGGCGUUUCUUAGGGGAGUCCGUCAGUCUGUUUCAGAAGGAGAGGAGCACACAGAGAGAAAGAGUCCUACAGAAGGAGCGAUUGUGUCGGAUACGCAUCCCGGGGCUGGUGGGGGGGAAGGAAAAAAAAAAGACUACAAAAAUAACCGUCAAGUCCGUUUGCUCUUGCUUUUCGAUGAGCUCAUGGAGGAUUAAAUUACUGCACCAGCAAGAAGAGAGGAUAAAAAAAUCGAAAACUGGACUUCCUCGUUUCAGGCUUGACACCCUGGUUCCCCGGGAGGAGCAGAGGAGUCUCGUGUGAAAAUGAAGACCCUCGAGGAGCCUCCCUACUUGACGGUUGGCACGGACGUGAGCGCCAAGUACCGAGGGGCGUUCUGCGAAGCCAAGAUCAAAACGGCCAAGCGGCUCGUCAGGGUGAAGGUGACCUUUAAACAAGAGGCGUCAACAGCAGAAGUGCAGGACGAACACAUCAGAGGGCCUUUAAAGGUAGGGGCUACUGUGGAGGUGAAAACCCAAGAUGGGACAUAUCAGGAAGCCAUCAUUAACAAAUUAACAGAUGCCAGCUGGUACACUGUUGUGUUUGAUGACGGUGAUGAAAAGACCCUUAGGCGCUCCUCGCUCUGCCUGAAAGGAGAGCGCCACUUCGCAGAGAGCGAGACUCUGGACCAGCUUCCCCUCACCAACCCUGAACACUUCGGAACCCCAGUCAUCGGGAAGAAGAGCAACCGGGGAAGAAGAUCCAACCAUGUCCCGGAGGAGGAGGAGACCUCAUCUUCCAGUGAGGAAGAGGAGGGAGACGGCCGCGUCGGCGAUGAGCUCCUGGGGAAAGUGGUUUGCGUGGAGUGCGCCGCAGCGGAGAAGAAGAAGGCCUCCUGGUACCCGGCACUGGUCAUCUCCCCGGACUGCAAUGACGAGGUUGUGAUGAAAAAGGACACCAUUCUUGUUCGGUCCUUCAAGGACGGCAAAUUCCAUGUUGUUUUACGGAAGGAUGUCCGAGAAAUGAACUGUGAAUCGGCCCCAAAACCAGAGGCAGGGAUGAAGCCAGCGCUGGACGGGGCGCUCGAGUUCCUGCGCCGCGGGGUGGUCCCGGCUAGCUGGAGGACGGAGCUGAAGGAGGAGAGCUCCAGUGGUGAGGAGCAGGAGGAGGAGGAGGAGGAGCAAGAGGAUGAUGGGAGCAGCGAGGAAGAGGAGGAGGAAGUGGAGCCCUUUCCUGAAGAGAGGGACAGCUUCCUACAGCAGCUGUACAAGUUCAUGGAGGACAGAGGUACUCCAAUUAACAAGAGACCAGUUCUGGGCUACAGAAAUCUCAACCUCUUCAAACUUUACAGAUUGGUGCACCGACUGGGAGGGUUUGAUAACAUUGACAGCGGCUCCGUCUGGAAGCAGGUCUACCAGGAUCUGGGUAUCCCGGUUCUCAACUCUGCAGCUGGAUACAACGUCAAAUGUGCCUACAGGAAAUACCUUUACGGGUUUGAGGAGUACUGCAAGUCGACUGGCAUUGCGUUCCAAAUGGCCCUGCCCCAGAAACAGGCGGAGAAACCGUGCCUCGAACCCGGGGGCAAGGCAGGCAGCCCCGUCACACACCCCGCGGCCCCAAUCGCGGGGACCCAGGCCGAGCCGCUGGAGGACGAGGAGGAGGAGGAGGAGGAAGAGCUUCGAGCGGAGUGCGAGCAGUGCGGUGGAGACGCGCACCCAGCCGUGAGCAGGGUGGACAAGAUGUCAGACCAGGGCCUGCUGGGCAGCACAGAUCUAGAAACUGGAGCCCUGAAGACCGAAGCAGAAGAAGAGAAACAGGAGGAGGAGGAGGAGGAUGAGGAAGAGGGGGAGGUGGUCGAGCCCCCACAGACGGAGAACGUGAAAAAUGAACCCUAUGAGGAGCUGGAAGAUAAGGACAAGUCAGGUGACGAGAGCAGUAAGGAGAGGGAAGGGGAGGAGUUUGAGUGCUACCCUCCUGGGAUGAAGGUGCAGGUGAGGUAUGGCCGAGGCCGCAAUCAGAAGAUGUACGAGGCCACAGUGAAGGAGUCCGACCUGGAUGGGGGCGAGGUGCUGUACCUGGUGCACUACUGUGGCUGGAACGUCAGGUACGACGAGUGGAUAAAGGCGGACAAGAUUGUGCGGCCGGCGGAUAAGAACGUGCCGAAAAUAAAGCACCGUAAAAAAAUAAAGAACAAAACGGAACGAGAGAAAGACAAGACCGAGAGGCCGGACAGAGAAGACCUGUCUCCAGUGAAAUAUGGCCGCAUCCGCCGAUCCUCCAAGUCCUCCGUGAACAGCACGCCAUCCGACAGCUUCUCAAAGCUGGAGAGCAGCGACCCCAAAGGGGCUGACCAGUCGCCAGUCAAGCCCAUCGAAAUUACAUCUAUUCUGAAUGGGCUCCAAGCGUCUGAAAGCUCAGCGGAGGAGAGCGAGCGAGAAGACGAGGAGGAGGAGGACGACGAGGACGAAGACGAGGACGUGGAGGAAGAAGAGGAGGAGGAGAGGCUGGGAAACGGGAGCCCCCCGAAGAGCAGCUCCCGGGACAGCACCCUGGGAGUGGAGCGAUGGGAGGCCGAGCCCCGCCGGGACAGUUGCAGGACGUCGGCGGAAAAAGACGAGGAGCCGGGCCGCCUUCCAGGGAGCAAGGACUGCGCGGUGGACGACACCCCUAAAUACCGUGGGGGGCUGGACUCGGAGGGAGAGGACGGCCCCAAAAGAAGAGCCGAGGGUCUGACGGAGAGGUCGCCCAAGCCCCAGCUGAAGGGCAAGCUGCGAAACAGCAGACCAGCGGACUGGCUCCAGACCGGCUCCCCCAAGAGGCAGGAGGACCGAGGCCCAGGCGAGGGGGGCAGCCCCUCGUCCAGCAGCAGCAGUUCCGACGAUGAAGACGACGAGCCGCACCCGGCGGAGCGGGACCGCGAGGAGGAGCGCGCGAAACCCAAAGGGACGCCGUCCAAGAACUACAACGGGCUGGACGAGAAGCGGAAGAGCGGCCGGCCGGCGCCGUUCUGGGAGGUGCCGGAGAAAAGGCCCAAGCUGACGGGCAGCUCGGAGGAAAGGCUUCCCAGCAGCCGGGCCAGCAAAGGCCAGAAAGACGUCUGGUCGAGCAUUCAGGCCCAGUGGCCCAAGAAGACGCUGAAGGAGCUUUUCUCGGACUCCGACACGGAGGCGGCCAACUCCCCUCCCCCUGUUCCGGCCCCCGAGGAGCCCAGGCCGGAGCCGGCCGCCGAGGAGCCGGAGCCCUGCGAGGGGAAGGCGGAGGAGCGAGCCGGCAAGACCCGGGAGUUCCCCAGCAGCGGCAGCAACUCCGUCCUCAACACCCCCCCGACGACGCCCGAGUCCCCCUCUCUGGGGGUGAGCGCGGUGGAGCCCCCCGGUCGGACACGGACAGCGGCCUCCCCGCCGCCCCCUCCCCCCCUGGCCUCGGCCCUCGCCCCUCACGGCUCCCCGCUGGCGCCGCGCGGCCCCGUGCGGGAGGAGAGCGUGGGGGGCCGCAGCGAGACGGACAGCAGCACCGUGGAGGUGGAGAGCCUGGGCGGGGAGCUGCAGGAGCUGCCCCCGGAGGAGCAGGGGUCCCCCGCGGCCUUUGACGGCUGCCUCUCUUCCCACAGCAGCAGCAACUCCAGCCACAGCGGCAGCAGCCAUCUGGAAAGCGACCACAGGGAAAAAGCAACAACAAGUCAAAAACGCCCCAAGGAGGCUCAAGCAGGUGGCACGACAAAGAAACACAAGAGAAGCCACAAGAAUUCAGGCGUUCAUCACAAAAAGAGUCGAAAAGCAGGUGUAGCGCACAGCAGUGACAGUGAGGACCAGUCCACCAGUGAGAUCACUGCCAAAUCCCUGACUGCCAAGGCCCCUUCUGGUCUCAAGCCUGCCGUCCCCGCCAAGUGUCCCAGCAGGAUGCCAGCGCCGGGGAAGUGCCACAGGCAGACCGACCCGGAGCACAAGGAGCAUCCCAGUCGCUCUCCCAGGGUGUACAAAUGGAGUUUUCAGAUGUCGGAGCUGGAGAAGAUGAGCAGUCUGGAACGCAUCGCGUUCCUGCAGGAGAAACUGCAGGACAUCCGGAACCAUUACCUCUCUCUGAAGUCGGAGGUUGCCUCUAUCGACAGGAGAAGAAAACGUUUGAAGAAGAAGGAAAGGGAAAGUGCCGCAGCAGCAUCCUCCUCUUCCUCCUCCUCGUCUCCGUCCUCCAGCUCCCUGACGGCGGCGGUGAUGUUGACUCUGGCCGAGCCGCCGGUGCCCGGCGCCUCUCAGGGCUCGGGGGUGUCGGUGGAGUGCAGGUGACAGCCGGCCGCCGGGCCCCGCGGCACGCUGCUCCGCGCCAGCUCCCCCGUGGCCGGAGGCUUUUCUGGAAGAGGGAAAAAAAAAUACUGACUGAGGCACAAGCAGCAACAGCAGAAAACGAAUAACAAAAAAACGAAGAGCACUAUUUUCUAUUGACAACUGUUUUCUUGGCAAGCUAACUCUGCACUUAAGUGCACUUUUACGAAUGGGGUGGGGGGAGAAAUACAACAGACUUGUUUUCUUGUUUUGUUUAGUUUUUUUCCUUCAAGCAAUAAUUGUUUUCAACUUGUCUGUGUGUGUGUUGGGGUUGGGGUGAGAAAUACAUGUUAUAAUGACCUGAAUGGCCUUCCACUGUGGCGAAAAAGAGGCUCUUUCCUUUACUGCCUACAAUGACGCUACGUCUGCAUUUCCAAUUUACACAGGGUCUUGCAGGGUUUCUGUAAGGACGGUCAGACUCCAAAGGGGAUACAGCAUGAAGGAAAAAUGGUAUGAGUUCAAGCAACAGGAAAUACUGCACAUCUUGCAAUUGGUCAUUCAAAGCAGAAAGAACCAGAUUUUCUUUUUUCCCCCCCAAUCAAAGAUUUUGCACCAAAGUCUCUUUAAUUCAAGAAGUGACUUCAGGUUUGUUGGCCUACUAAAUUGAGGAUUUGCAACAAAUGUGCCCAAUGUAGAUUUAAAGACUGUCCCUGUUGGCUUCUGAAGGUUUUUUUUGUAAAUUACAGGAUUAUCACCCAGUCUGCAUUUGACCGAAAUCAGGCAUAAAAUGCCAAAUUUCAGUCCAGGUUUCAGUUAUUCGCUUUAGGUCCUCGUCAUAAGUUAGGGUGAUGAAACUGAAGUGGUUUGUUUUGAGACCCUUCCCUUCCUUUCUAUGGCUUCAACAUGUGUUACCAUGCUCAGUUGCUGUUUGUCUGAUGCAGAUAUUUAUAGAUAGCUUAUAUAGGACCAGAGCCCUGUGUGUCGCAUGGCAGAGAAGCAGACUCCCCUUGUCAGAAGUCUCCAGCCCCAGUCCUGGAGAGCCACAGUUCAGGAUGUCUUGUAGCUCCACCCUCAAGGGUAUUGAUCACUUAAUGUGCUCCAAAAAGGCCUGGUGCUUAGGACUGAGUUAACUGUUUCAGAUAACUCUUAAAUGAUUUGACAAACCACCUGCAGUUAAUCGCAGUUAAAUUUGCCCCUGUUUUUCUAGAAAUCUAUUUUCUUAUGGCCUAUAAAACCUGAUCUUUUGGGGCUCUCCAGGACAAGGGUUGUGGGUGUCCAAUUUGGUUUAACAGAUCAUCUAUUUCUAAAUUUUGGAAACACAUGUAAAUUAUGAAAUGAAUAUUCUGGCUCUUGACAGCUGAGGGUGGUCAGGAUUAUGGUCUCAAAAUCUUCACUACCUUUGAGUUACUAGUGAACAUCACCUUCUUAUUUGAUCACAUAAUUCUUUAAAUAGUUUAAGAAACCGGUGAUUUAAUGGAAAACAAUGACACCUGCUGGAUUGGGGCUCUCCAGGACCAGAGUUAGAAACCCCUGCCUUAGAUGCAUGAUGUGACAACAUUUUAAUUAGUUGAGGGAAAAUGUGCCUUUACUUGAGCACUUUCAGUGAAACAUCAGACGUUUCUUACACUUGGGCCUGUCUUUGAGAAGUGGUACCAUGAUCAGUAAUGUUGCUCUUUAAAUCAGCUUUAUGUUUACAUAAAAUGGGAGAUGCAAGAGGAUGUGGAAUAUUUUGAACUCUGUGUAAUCCAGGUAUUGCACAUUUGACCCUCAGUAAUGUCUCUAGACGAUUGCCCAUGUGGGGACUUGAUAUGGUCUCAGCAGGGGGGUAAGACAGGCAUCUGCUGACCAGGGUGCUCUCAGCUCCCAGUGAACUAGUAACCUCCUGAGGCUUCUCCCGUUCAGUGAACAGAGUGUCUCCUGUAUGUCACAGCAUAGAUUCUAGAGCGAUGGGCUCCACUCACUCCAGGCCACUGCGCCACCUGUCCGCAUUUCUUCAUCCUCGCUGCGUGGUUACUGGGGUCGCUGUGCGGCCACAUAUCAAGACUCAGUCGCUCAUUCCAGAUUGCGUGGGAAUACAAUUAAACAAUUGAGGAUUCUAAUUAUAUACAUAAAUUGUUGAAGACUGAAAUGGGGAAUCCCCAAGCACUUAAGGGUUUUUUUUUCCUUUUACAAGGGAGGCUCUUAAUAUCUUAUGCUUUCAAUUUUAAUGGUCCAGUAGCUGGCUGUUAGUUUGGAGUUUCUUCAAAAGAGAAUUAUACAUGGCAGUAAAUGGAAGUGCAAUAGCAGAACUCUUCAUCCAUUAUUUAAUUUUCCAAUUUGUACUCGCAUGGGCUUUUUCCAGGUCUUGCUUUGCCUAUUUUUUAGCUAUGCAAUUUCUAAAGAAAAUUUAUACCGUAUCCCUGUAAUUGAGGAAAGUUAAACCUGCAAAAUCCAUAACACCUGGAAGACUGUACAGCUUCCUGUGCUGAGUGGCCUGUCUGUAUGGCCAAGCCGGAUAUACAUGACUUAUAGAAAAGACAUUAAACUAUGGUUUCAGCAGGGUGUCAUGCUGAACAGUGCUGGAUUUUCAGUAAAGGUGUAAUGUUUCAGAAAAUUGAGUUGCAGAAAGUAAAACGCAAGGAAGACCGCAUGUAAUCAAAUUUUAGUUCAACGUGCGAGUACAAAACAAUUAAGGAAUUUCACCUUUAAAGGUUUGAAGGUGUUCUGUUUGUCUGCAGAAGUGCAAUUUCCAUCCGUUCAAACUUGAAGUGCCAUCUGCUGGCACUAAAACUCUAUUGCAGAUCAAGGUGACUUCGAAAAUGAACCCUUUCUCUUGCCCAUAUUCAGUGAAGCUCUUCAACUGACCCUUAUCAAGUGAAUUCAAGUACUUUUUAAAAACUAGUUCUGAUGUUAUUCUGCUUGUCCUUGACACACCAUUAAUGCCCUACAAUGCUCUAGAAACCCCUACAAGGCAAAAAGGUUACACACCUGAGUUUAUUACCAUAACAAAAAGAUACAUGUAUAAAUUCUGAAAAGCUCUCCUGUUAAGUCUGUCUCCUUUGUAAAGACUUAAUGUUGUAUGAUAUCCUGAAGGUCUGUUCUGUUUGGCACUUGUAUGUAAUUGUAUGCCUUUGUAAUACAUUUGUAUAUUGAGAAGUGUGUUUCAAGUCGAGCUAUUUAAUAUCUUGCACUGUUAAUACAAUGACUUUUUUUCUGUACAGACUGUUUUAAUUGUAGCUCUGUGUGCAUCCUCAGAGGGGAAAAGCAUGUCUUUUUUUUGUUUUGUUUUUUUUGAGGUAUGGGAGCGUUUCAUUUAUUUUAUUUUCUCUUCAUACUUUUUUUUUCUAGGUAAGUCUUGAGAUUUCCGUACCUUGUGCUCUUCUGAGAAGCGUUUUGUUUGAAGGCAGUUUUGAAAGUAUUUUCCAACUUGUACAUGAACUGUAAAGUUUUAUGGAUCUUUAAAAAAAAAUAACUGUUUUGGGACAAAGAGAAGGGGACAAAGCUUAUACGAAAGCUCUAAAGUAUUUAUUAGGUUCUUCAGAGGAUGGACAUUGUGUAAUUUAUUGUACAAAUGUAAGCAAAAGAAGCCUCUGUUUGAAAUAAAUGCCAUAGUUUGUGACA